GUGUUUCUCUGCCCCUCCGCACACGACUCGACAGCCAGGCACGCCACCAAACCCACCGACCGAAGCAACUAAGGGCCGCCUGCUUUGCAUGUGACGUUGCCAGCAAAUCGAGAUCGACGCCGCAGUCGGAGUUGUCAUCCCUCAGUUGGGUCUCUACUUCAUACAACCAUUGGCAGCACUGCUUGCUGUGCUGUUCUCUUUUCUAGUCCCACGCAUCACUACAACUACUGCAUGCCGGUGAACCCCCGCGCAUUCUCCCCGACGCAAUUCAUCCGCAUCUUCGUGAUUGUCAAUCUAACCACAUAUCUCGUUGUCAACGCAUACCUGAGCGACACACCGUUGGGGAGUAGCAACCUCGGGCACGAUGGGAGGAAAGAAAGCGGCCGGCGAGAACUCGAAGAAGGCGGCCGGCAACGCACGCAAGGCGGAAGCAGCGGCGCAGAAACAGGCGGCGAUCGAAGCACAGCAGGCGGCCGCGGAAGAGGAAAAAUGGAGCAAGGGGGCCAAGGACGCGAAGAAGAAACAAGAGGCGGCGGAGAAAGCGGCGGAAAAGGCGGCCAAGAAGGCAGAACGGGACGCCCUGCUGGCUGAAGAGGAAAAGAGCCAGCGUGCCACGCCCAAGGGUGCCAACAAGAAGACGGCCGAGAAGAAGACACGCACCGGCACUCUGGACCUGGGCCAACUCGAUGGCGAGCCGAGUGCAAAGGACAAAGCCAUCAGUGCCUCCGGUAUUGAUAAUGCAUUGGAUGCACUCAGCCUGACGACUGGCAGCGCAAAUGAUAUGAAAUUGGACAGGCACCCGGAAAGGCGGUUCAAGGCUGCGUACAAGGCCUAUGAAGAACGGAGGUUGCCGGAGAUUGAGAAGGAACAUCCCGGUCUGCGGAAAAACCAGCGCAUUGAGAUUGUGCGCAAGGAGUUUGAGAAGAGCGAUGAAAACCCUUUCAAUCAGACUGGAAAUGUCAGAUACGAUGCUUCCAAGGAGGAGUUGGCCGAGGUCAGGAAGAAGGUCCGAGAAGGCGUCGAGAAGAGGUUGGCUGAGAAAUAAAUUGUAUAAAGUCGUUGUGGCACUGGACUUGAAAUCCAAUGGGUUAGGGUGGCCUUGAUGCUUGAAGCCGCAGUUGCAGCCUCACCUUGUCUGCUAUAGGACAAGACAAAAAGGGUGAAGGUGAAUGGACAUGUUUGCUUGGCUGGUCCCAAUGUCUUGACUCGUCUUCAGCAAGACAGUAAAAGUGUUUGAACGAUGGCAAUGGUCGGUGAAGAAUCAUCUUGGUUGUUGACACCAUGAAGUUGCAGCGGAAAUACCUGCUUUGGCUUGCUCGGAAGAUGGAUGCAUAGCCACGAGCAGAUCGUCGACAUGGCAGACAAAGCCGGCAUCUUGAGGACAACUUACUUGUCUUGUUACUGAGCAAACUUCUGUGAGACCGAGUCCUCACGCAGCCUUGGGAAGAUAUUCUGGGACCACGGCGCACUUUGCGGGGGCCGGCUUUAGCAGGCAGAGCAUGGCACGGAGACCGUAUAGUAUGCAUCUUACGAACAUACCUAGUAAUUGAAUACUUGGAAUAAGUGCCGCGAACCUCUCAACAUCUGCUCAUCCAUCUUGUGAACACCAAGUACCUAUGCAUAUACUAUAGAUACCCUACCAAAGUAGAGACAAGACAGUAGAUCCCUA